AAGGUAGGCGGAGUCUUGAGGGAGGAGGAGCAGGGAAACCCAGUGAGGGGAGGGGAGGAGAAGGGAGUAAUGGGGAGGAGGCCGCGCGGGGUGGGGUCUGGCGGUACGCGCUGGCUGCGUCGACGUGCUGACGCCAUGACGCCCCGGCCGGUGUGUGUCGGUGUGUAUGUGUGUGUGUGAGUGUGCGCGCUCCGAGUGUGUGUGUAUUUGUGUAUCGGCGGUCCCGCAGGUCCCGGAUGUUGCGGACAGUAUGAGGCAAGCGCAGGGGGACGGGGACCAGCAGCUGUCGCCGCCGCUCUCAGGGUGAAGAGGGAACAGAAAUCUUUGCCCCCUGACUUUGGAAAUCUCGUUUAACCUUCAAACUGGCGAUGUCAAGGGUUCCAAGUCCUCCACCUCCGGCAGAAAUGUCGAGUGGCCCCGUAGCUGAGAGUUGGUGCUACACACAGAUCAAGGUAGUGAAAUUCUCCUACAUGUGGACCAUCAAUAACUUUAGCUUUUGCCGGGAGGAAAUGGGUGAAGUCAUUAAAAGUUCUACAUUUUCAUCAGGAGCAAAUGAUAAACUGAAAUGGUGUUUGCGAGUAAACCCCAAAGGGUUAGAUGAAGAAAGCAAAGAUUACCUGUCACUUUACCUGUUACUGGUCAGCUGUCCAAAGAGUGAAGUCCGGGCAAAAUUCAAAUUCUCCAUCCUGAAUGCCAAGGGAGAAGAAACCAAAGCUAUGGAGAGUCAACGGGCAUAUAGGUUUGUGCAAGGCAAAGACUGGGGAUUCAAGAAAUUCAUCCGUAGAGAUUUUCUUUUGGAUGAGGCCAACGGGCUUCUCCCUGAUGACAAGCUUACCCUCUUCUGUGAGGUGAGUGUUGUGCAAGAUUCUGUCAACAUUUCUGGCCAGAAUACCAUGAACAUGGUAAAGGUUCCUGAGUGCCGGUUGGCAGAUGAGUUAGGAGGACUGUGGGAGAAUUCCCGGUUCACAGACUGCUGCUUGUGUGUUGCCGGCCAGGAAUUCCAGGCUCACAAAGCUAUCUUAGCAGCUCGUUCUCCGGUUUUUAGUGCCAUGUUUGAACAUGAAAUGGAGGAGAGCAAAAAGAAUCGAGUUGAAAUCAAUGAUGUGGAGCCUGAAGUUUUUAAGGAAAUGAUGUGCUUCAUUUACACGGGGAAGGCUCCAAACCUCGACAAAAUGGCUGAUGAUUUGCUGGCAGCUGCUGACAAGUAUGCCCUGGAGCGCUUAAAGGUCAUGUGUGAGGAUGCCCUCUGCAGUAACCUGUCCGUGGAGAAUGCUGCAGAAAUUCUCAUCCUGGCUGACCUCCACAGCGCAGAUCAGUUGAAAACUCAGGCAGUGGAUUUCAUCAACUAUCAUGCUUCGGAUGUCUUGGAGACCUCUGGGUGGAAGUCAAUGGUGGUGUCACAUCCCCACUUGGUGGCUGAGGCAUACCGCUCUCUGGCUUCAGCACAGUGCCCUUUUCUGGGACCCCCACGCAAACGCCUGAAGCAAUCCUAAGAUCCUGCUUGUUGUAAGACUCCGUUUAAUUUCCAGAAGCAGCAGCCACUGUUGCUGCCACUGACCACCAGGUAGACAGCGCAAUCUGUGGAGCUUUUACUCUGUUGUGAGGGGAAGAGACUGCAUUGUGGCCCCAGACUUUUAAAACAGCACUAAAUAACUUGGGGGAAAUGGGGGGAGGGAAAAUGAAAUGAAAACCCUGUUGCUGCGUCACUGUGUUCCCUUUGGCCUGGCUGAGUUUGAUACUGUGGGGAUUCAGUUUAGGCGCUGGCCCGAGGAUAUCCCAGCGGUGGUACUUCGGAGACACCUGUCUGCAUCUGACUGAGCAGAACAAAUCGUCAGGUGCCUGGAGCAAAAAGGAAAAAAAAAAAAGAAAGGACAUUGAGUUUUAACAGAAGGGAAAAGGAAAGAAGAAAAGAUUUUUGCAGAAUUUCUCAAAAAUCAGUUUGUGGAUUCCAGUAGUAUUUAUAUUGAGAGAAACAAAUUUUAGUCCUAACUGUGCUAAAACUUGGAUAUUUGUGAAAACUCCUUACCACCAUACAAGCAUCAGAAGAGCUCUCUUGUUGUUAGCACUUAUUGUUUGCAAGAACAGAAUACAUCCUUUUAUCCUUUUAUGAAAAAUGACAAGUGAAGGCAAAAGGGGAAAGUUAUUUGAUCUGGAAGAUGAGUGUUCUGAUGUGGUGGCUUUUGCAAAAAUCUUUAUUGGUGUUGAAAACUGGAAAAAAUAACUCAUCCAGAAUUCAUACUGUCUUGACAAGAACUAUGGUUCUCUGUUUUUAGAUAUUGUGGAAAAUGUUUUUGGGCAUUUUUCUCUGAUUUUAUUUCUUCUCCCCCAUCCCUUUUUCUAAAAAACAAAAAAACACACACACACACACACACAAAACAAAAACAGAACAAAAGAAGAGAGAAGGAAAUUUUAUCAAUUAAAAAUGCUGUGUGAUAAAAUCCCAGCCCAGAUUGCUCAGCUGUUUGUACCUGACUUGCCGCCUGCAUAGGAGCCAGUUCUGUUCCUUCUGACUAGCCCCUCUUCCUCCAGGGGAGAACUUCCAAAUGUUAAUUUUUUUUUUGAAAAUAUAAAUAAUUACUAUUUUGUACUGUGUGGUAUCUCUGGUCUUUUGUUUCACUCACCUGCCUUGUCUCUUGGGUCUGAGUCCCUUGCUUAAGGGAUUUUGAAGUCCUAGUUUUCAGCUUGCAGAGAUUAUGUCUGAAAUGCCUAAUGAGUCGCAGGGAUUUGUUGAGACUCCGUAAUCUCAAGUUUUCUUUGUGAGCUAUCAGCAUCUGCCAGUCUCUUGUCCUCCCUGAGUAUCUCACAGUCCAUAUCCUGAUGAGGGAUCAGGCCCCUACCUCUGCCAAGGCAAGUAAUGGUAGUGGGCUUUUAAACUGCCCCCCGUAUGUUUUAAGACCUAAUCCCCACCUCCUUUCUUCUAACUAAAUAUAAAAAGAUCCAGGGGACAUAAUUGUGGAGACUAAAUAAAGGGAAAUUAUUGUCUCUAA